UAAAUAAUGACAUCGAUAAUGCCUGAUAACGAUUCUACGCAUAAUACUUCUUUGGAAAAACAAAAUGAAAAGUGCUUGGACCGAUUGCUGACGCCUAUUUUUCGUGUAAACUCAGAAGAAUCAUUGGCUCGUAAUCGAAAAUUUUUAAAGGAUUUGGAACUUGCAAAAGCACGUUUGCGAACUUACGCUGCGUAUACUCCAACUGAUCGAGAAUUACAACAACGUGCAACGGAAUAUCGCAAAUAUCUCCAGAAGUAUAUACGAAAUUUCGCUCCAUGACAAGUCGAUUUUAU